GUAUAGUGGUGUUGUGUGUAAAGUGAAAUGCAGUGUUGAUCGUACUAAUAGACGCGAAAAAUAUGCUUUACGAUUUCUCAUUUGUGUAUUAUCAAUUGAAAAUUCUGUAAUUAAGCGCCACGUCAAUUAUCAAGCAUUUCUUGCGGAACGCAAUUCGCUGAAAAUAAAGACGCGUUCGGGUACGACGAACAGUAUCCCGUAACGUAUAGGUUAGAUUCACAGGUUCUUGUGAAGAUAUGUCUGAGGAGAGGUCAGACAUGGACAUCGAUAAUCAGAGUGAGGACGGAGAGAUUAAGAAGAGUCCAUCGAAGGAUAUGGGUGAUUACAGCUUUUCAGAGGAAGAAGGUGGUGACACUGCUGAUUCCUUGGAUAUUAAGCCACCACAAGCAGUUAUUCGCCAUCACAAGUCCAGUUCGUCUCGUCGAAGGGAAAAGCACAGUGAUAAAAGAAGUCGCAGGGACGAGAAAGAACGCAAAUCACGCCAGUAUGAACGCGAAGAUAGACAUAGAGACAAACAUAGGCAUCGUAGGCAUACUGGAGAACCUUUGGAAAGAUCCGAACGUGGAAUGGAGAGUUCCAAACGAAGUCGCGAGAGAAUGAGUCGUUUAGAUAGGAUGGAAAGCCACUCCCGGGACAGAGAGUCGUCUAGGCACGAUCGCAAGGAAAGAAGUACGGGCGAUCGUGUUUUGGAAGAUUUGCGAGAAAGGUUGUUGGAUAAGAGAAGAGAAAGACGAGAGGAUCCGCGCGAUGCUCGCGAUUACAAAAUUGAGUCGUCUCGUCGCGAAUUGCGAUUAGAGGAUACACGAGAAAUACGCGAAUCGCGCGAUCGACGAGAUGUACGCAUAGAGGAACUUCGGGAACGUCGUGAGAUACGCACUAUGGACGAUGGAAGAGAUCGUCGUGAGAUUCGAAUGGAGGAACAGAGGCACAUACGCAUGGUCGUGGACGAGCAGUUCUCGGAGAGCGAAAUGAUAGAACCGCUCGAGAAACGUCGCAAAAGGUCUCACAAGCACGAUAGAAGUCGCGGGAGAGAUCAAGAGAAGAUGGAACGCGAGAAGGAGCACAGGGAGCUGCGUGAAGCUAUGCAGAUUGUAGCGAUGGAUAUCAUAGGCGAUGAUAUUAAUAAGAUGGAUGUGCAAAAUGAGAACCCAAUGCAGAUUAAAGAUCCAAAAGAAAUGACAGAACAGGAACUUAGAAAGGAGAGGUUAUUGGAAGCCGAUAGGGAAAUGGCCAGAAGAAAAGAAGUUUCUAGGAUGGAAUUGGAAGCGAGAAGAAUGAAGAGAGGUGAGAAACGACCCAUGAGUCCGGAUAACAAUCCAGACCCUUCGAUCGUGGAGCUGUCAGACGAGAGCGGCAGUCUUCAUUCGGAAGGUGCGCGCUCAAAAUCAGCAGAGUCUAGGCAUUCGUCGGAAGGAGAGAGAAGCCCGCAUGACAGAUCUUCGGACCGACGUUCGUCUGACUCCUCAGAAUCGAGUAGCGAUGACGACGACGAUUCUAAUGAAUCUAAUAAAGGAUCCGGUGAUUCAAAUGACGGCUCAGAUUAUAACAAUCCGAGUCCUCUGUCUGUUGAUCGAUUAGCCAAGUCCGAUCAUUCGGACGGAGACUCUCCUGGACACGUCGACUCCAACAAUCCCUCGAAAAAUACCGAAGAAGAGGAGAAGAAAGAGAAGGAACCAGAGUUGCCACCGUACCUGCCAGCUAUUCAAGGUUGUAGAAGCGUCGAGGAGUUUCAGUGCCUAAAUCGAAUCGAAGAAGGCACAUACGGAGUCGUAUACAGAGCACGCGACAAGCGCACAGACGAGAUAGUCGCGUUGAAGCGAUUGAAGAUGGAAAAGGAGAAGGAGGGCUUUCCGAUUACGAGUUUGAGGGAGAUCAACACGUUAUUGAAGGCACAGCAUCCCAAUAUCGUUACCGUUCGGGAAAUAGUCGUCGGCAGCAACAUGGACAAGAUAUUCAUCGUCAUGGAUUACGUGGAACACGACUUGAAGUCUCUUAUGGAAACUAUGAAGCAGAAGAAACAAGUUUUCAUACCUGGCGAGAUUAAGUGUCUUAUGCAGCAAUUGCUGCUUGCGGUUGCACAUCUGCAUGAUAAUUGGAUACUACAUCGCGACUUGAAGACAUCCAAUUUACUGUUGAGUCACAGAGGCAUCUUGAAAGUCGGUGACUUUGGCUUAGCACGGGAAUAUGGCUCUCCCUUGAGACAGUACACGCCGAUUGUUGUAACGCUUUGGUACAGAGCACCCGAAUUACUGCUGAGCGACAGAGAAUAUAGCACGCCCAUAGAUAUGUGGUCUGUAGGAUGUAUUUUCGCAGAGCUCCUAAGAAUGGAACCAUUGUUCCCUGGGAAAUCGGAUAUAGAUCAGUUGAAUAAAAUAUUCAAGGAGCUGGGUACGCCGAGCGAGAGAAUUUGGCCAGGCUAUAGCAAAUUACCCAUGGUGCAAAAGAUACCGUUUGCACAUUAUCCUGUAAAUAAUCUCAGACAAAGAUUCAGUUUAUCGUUGUCCGAGUUGGGUAUCGAGCUGUUAAAUAAGUUUCUAACGUACGAUCCCCGUCAACGUAUAACCGCCGAGGAUUCCCUCACUCAUGGUUAUUUCACUGAAGCACCUUUGCCAAUCGAUCCACAGAUGUUCCCCACGUGGCCCGCCAAAUCGGAACAGGGAACCAGAACCACGAACGCGUCUCCAAAACCACCGAGCGGCGGUAGAGAGUAUAAACAAUUGGGCGACGGUGACGACGCUGACUUGAGCAAUUCUGGCUUUCAUAUGGGUUUGACGGAGGGCGGCAGAGCACCGCCCGUCGGUGGUGGUUUUCAUUUGAAGUUUUAAUUGCGAGAGAACAUUUUUUUCUUUCGAAUCACCACACUAAAAAGGAAGAAAUUGUGAGGACAUUUCCAUAUAUAUUACAUAUCUAUAAAUAAAUUCAGUAUUUCCUCACUUUUAUACGUGUUGCGUAUUAUUGUUUUGUGUAGAAUAAUAUAAAUGAUCAUAAACAGAGUUAUCAUUCAUUAUAACACUUUCAAGAAUUGCCAACGACAAAAAAUCCUUUAUCUUCUAUUCCAGGAAUUAUUCAUUUCUAUUACAUCCUAACUUACAAAGAUUAAAUAGAAGGAAAGAGAGAGAGAGAGAGAGUUAAACAAGUUAACUGAAGAAACCAUUUAGUUGAAGCUAUCAGUAUACAUUCGAAUUUCAUAUACUCAUUUAAGCGGUUUAAGAAACAAUUCUAUCUUCUCAGACUCAUUCUUUGAACAGAUAAAGAAAGGUAUAGUAUAUGUACAGUAAACUUCAUUCAAAUUAUAGCAGUUUGAUUCUCCAAUUUUUCAACAAAAUUAUUAAGGGAAUUU